AUGGAUGUUAUUAUUGCCUUUGAUUUAAAGGAAGCGACAAUGGCAGAGAUAGCUCUUCCAAAUGAUUGUUCUCGUGGAAUUUAUGAUUUGUUGGUAUUUCAUGGACUUAUCAGUGUAUGGAAUGUGGAGAGGUCUACAGUUAAGAUAUGGGUGAUGCAAGAAUACGCAGUGCAUUCAUCUUGGACUACGACUCUUGAUUUUUCUUUUCAUCCUCCUCUGGAUUUUUCUCCAAUAUGCUUUACAAAUUGCGGUGAUAUAGUUGGACCAAUUGCUGGUGGUGGAUUAGCAAAGCUUAAUGACAAAGGACAACUGCAAGAGUAUCAUUCCUAUGGUGACCGUUACUUUAUGAGAUCCCAAAUGGCGGUGUAUAUAGAGUCUCUGCUUUCACUCCCCGAUGGCACUGAGCAAGCUUAA